UAGAUACUUUUUUUUCCUCUGACCUUGAAAAGGACCCUGACCAAGUGUGUUGGCCGUGCCGUGUUUGGAUGUCAGUGUUAUAAUACAAUUGUACCAAGGAAGUACCUUAGAAGAUUGAAAUUGUUAGAGGAUUUUUUAAUUAGAUACUUUUUUUUCUUCUGACCUUGAAAAGGACCCUGACCAAGUGCGUUGGUCGUGCCGUGUUUAGAUGUCAGUGUUAUAAUACAAUUGUACCAAGGAAGUACCUUAGAAGAUUGAAAUUAUUAAAGGAUCUUUUAAUUAGAUACAUUUUUUCCCUCUGACCUUGAAAAGGACCGUGACCAAGUGUGUUGGUCGUGUUGUUUGGAUGUCGUAAUGCGUGCAUCGCCCAUAAAGAUGUUUUAGCAUGAUAACUCUUUCACGUUGGGAAUUCUGCUUGUUUUCGCCUGAAGGCCUGCCUUUCGCAAAACCACCAAUACCAAGUCGACCGAUUAAGAACAGUGAGAAGAUAACAACAAAACAACAAAAACUGAAUGUAAUAUAAUCUAGAGCCACGUUCAUUAAGUUUUGCAUACGACACAUAAAGUUGGAACUUAAUGUUUGGACAAAAAAUCUUGCUUGAUAAUUGCAACUGCAACUCGUGGAGAGAAAUAAAAAUGCCAGAGUAGAACAUCCUGAUUUUUACCUGCACCAGAAUGCGCCUGAAACACAAGCAAAUAUAAUUAUUAUCCUGUUUGUUAUUUCUUUUAUUAUCGUAACUGUAGCGUAUUAUUUGCCGUCGUUUUAACCGAGCUAUGUUGACCGCCGCGCGUUUGUCUUCGCGCCCACGGCUUUUGGCGGCCGAGGAAGACCCCGAUCAGCUGUUUUUGUUACCUGAGUGCGUUUUAGACAUGGAUCGUACACAAUUGCGCAGAGAUUUGGCGGGUUUGGAUUUCGCCAUCGGACGAGGACACGUCUGGCUAACUGGUGCCGCCCCUACCGGUGAUGCCUUAAGACACAGUCGACCUUCAUCCGUUAAUAAAGGCCGUAGGCGAGUCAGGCCCAUGUCGAUGGAUGCUACGCCGAUCAACGCGCACACGAUGCACUGGUUCGCCUAUCUCGGCCCGGAACCAGUCGCCGAGCAGCAGCAGGCCCAAUUGUCGGCCGAACAACAGGGCCAGCCUGACGCUGCGGCCUCUGCCGAUGGCCAAUUGUCGGAUGGAGAGAACGAAGGUUGAUGGAGAAACGAAUUUUAAUACAUAUAUAUUUAUAAAUAUGCUUUGGUUUUUAGCGUUUGGU